CCCUGUAGCCUUCGCCUUACUGCUGCAGAUGUGAGAGACGUAGCCGUCCAUAUCCUCAACCGGUCGUGUCGGUGCAACCGCCUAGAGCAUGGGCCGACGCUACUUACUGCUUCUCUUGUAGCCCCGGCAGUCGAAUGCAGUUGCAGUGUUGAGCCCUAGGAUGGCCGUUAUAAUGAGCAGGUGUAACUGGUUCAUCUCGAGGAUUUCCUGCUUGACUUUGGAGAUAUCUAUCCCCACGUAAAUUUAACUCCGAAAAGCAUCUGAACGUUGUGGAUUCGAGGAAAGUUGCCCACGACAAGCGCAAAGAAGAGAUCCUUCAUCUGCUCAGCCUACUUGGUACGUACAACAACAAGUCAUCCACCCUCCUUAUCUGCUGGGGUGAAGCCAACAACUGCCGUGUGAUUCCUGUCAAAAUCCGCCAUGGAGCAGAUGAUAAGGAGCAGUGGCGGAGGAAGGCGAUGGGCCUGUUUGGGGUGAAACGGGUAUCUUUCACAAGGAAAAUCUCUCUUGCGGAACAGAUCUCAAGGGCUUCCCGAGGUUUGAGACAAAAUGAUGAGUUUGUCGGGACGUAUAUCAGAGAAGAGGAGAAUGAGAUAAGGACACAACACCUGAAGCGGGAAAUCGCUAAUUAUAUACCCCAAGACCCACCUUGUGAGUAUAACUACGACACUGGGAUGGGGUGCUCCUUUUUCUGCGGAGAAGACUUGUCAGAAGGAAUAUUGUGCCCGGAGAGAGAAUUUUGGGAUAGCAAGAGAGCAUUAUCACGCAUGGAGAGUCGGCUCCCUCUGGUUUUAGCUUUUCGCGAACCGGCGCUUGCAAUGGGUAACGAUCUUCUUGAGAAGGAAGACAUUUAUAGUCAUCUACGAAUUCUGAGUCUGCUUCGCAGGUGGAAUCUCCCAACGCUUCGCGAGCUAGAAUUUCAAGGCCUAAUUGUUGACGAAGGCUGGGUACUGCCUCGAUGGAAUGAUGCCAUAAUUAUAAUUGGCACGGUAACCUUCAUCGCGAUUCUGGGCAAAAUUGUCUUUGGUGGUUGGGACGCGGCUUGGGGGGUUGCAGCUUGCUUUGUUACUAUCGUUGGGUUGUUCACUCGUGGCCAUUAUUAGAAUAUGUAGCACCUUGCCUUGGACACCCUAGGUAAUUUGCUUUCUUCAUAUAGUAGAAGAAGAAGAGGCAGAUAGAGGAAGAGUAAAAUUGUCAGCAGCAGGGAAGGCACUAGGAGUGGAAAUAUGGAUAGGAGAAAGGAGUGGGUAAUGAAAGGAAACAUAAGAAAUGCAAGAAAGGAAAUAUAAACAAGAUUGGAGCUCUGAAGGGAACGCCUUUUCGAGAUUACGGAGAACCUUAAAUUUCCA